UCCCUCCCUUUGAGCCUAUGUUAUGUUUUGUCGGCUUACAUCUAAAGUUCGGUGGUAGUUAAAUUUACUGUAGCAUUCGUGCGGCUCUAUGGGAUACUUGUGUUUCUUUAACCUGACUUAGAUCUAUUUGUUUGUGUCUAUAAUGACGGAAUUAUAUCGCAUGAUUUCUUGGACUGUUUUUCUUCGAGUGUGAUCUCCCAAAGAAACAGAAAGGGAUGGAUCAGUGUACCGUUACCUGCGUCCUCGUCUGUGUUACAUGGAUAGUAUCCCUCUCUAACGCUGACCCCUUUCUUCUGUUCGCCAACCACAGAAACAUCCAAAUAAUUGAUGUGAAAAGUUCAAGGUCCAAUGCCAGUGUUAUCAUAUCUGGCAUGGAAGACUCAGCUGCUGUUGAUUUCAUCUAUGACGAUGCUGCUAUCUAUUGGUCAGAUGUCUCUUUGGAAGUUAUCAAAAUGGUCUACCUGAAUGACACAAAGAAUCCUAAAGUGGUUGUGUCAGUUGGAGUGGACUCCCCUGAUGGCCUUGCUUGUGACUGGGUUGGUAGAAAGCUGUACUGGACAGAUUCUAUGACCAACCGCAUUGAAGUGAGUAAUUUGGAUGGACAGCAUCGAAAAGUUCUUUUCUGGCAUCACAUAGACCAACCAAGAGCUAUUGCUUUAGAUCCACAAAAUGGUUACAUGUACUGGACUGAUUGGGGUGAAACACCCAAAAUUGAAAAGGCUGGAAUGGAUGGAAAUGAGGAUACCAGAUCUGUCAUUAUAAAUGAUAACAUCUUUUGGCCCAAUGGAUUAACCAUUGAUUAUGAAGCCUCAAAACUCUAUUGGGCUGAUGGGAAACUUGGUUACAUUCAUAGCUGUGAUUUUGAUGGCAAGAAUCGACAUUCAGUUAUUGAUGGAUCUCUGCCCCAUCCUUUUGCUUUGACCCUUUUUGAAAAUCAGCUGUACUGGACUGACUGGCAGAAUAAAUCCAUAAAGACAUGCAAUAAGCUAACAGGUGCAGAUGGGACUGUUGUUCUGGAUCAAAUCUAUUCCCCUAUGGAUAUACAUGCUUUUAUGAAGAGCAGACAACCUGUAGGUCGUAACAUGUGUGGGGGGAAUAAUGGAGGAUGCUCACAUUUAUGUCUAUUGUCUCCAUUGCCACCUUAUUUCACAUGUGCCUGCCCAACUGGAGUUAAAUUAUUGGCCAACAACAGAACAUGUGCCAACGGCCCUGAAAAGAUGCUGUUGUUGGCUCGACGAUCUGACAUUAGAAAGAUUUCCUUGGAUACUUCUGACUACACUGAUGUGGCUUUACAACUGAAAGAUGUUUCUCAUGCCAUUAUCUUGGAUUAUGACAUUGCAGAAGGCAUGGUUUAUUGGACGGAUGAAAAAAUUAAAAAGAUUCAGCGAGCUUAUUUAAAUGGUUCAGGACAAGAAGCUAUAGUGACUACAGAGGUAGACAACCCUGAUGGGCUUGCUAUUGAUUGGAUAGCCAAAAACUUGUACUGGACAGACACUGGAACUGACAGAAUAGAAGUGUCCAGAUUAAAUGGUUCUUCAAGGAAGGUUCUUAUCUCUGAUGGCCUUUUGGAACCCAGAGCAAUCUGUCUGAAUCCAGUUGAUGGGUAUAUGUAUUGGGCUGACUGGGGAAAGCCACCCGCCAUUGAAAGAGCCUUCCUUGACGGCACUAACAGAACGGUUAUAGUAUCCUCAGAGGUAGGCUGGCCUAACGGGCUGGCUGUUGAUAUCGUUCACCGGAAACUCUACUGGGGGGAUGCACAAAUUGACCGCAUUGAAGUUGCAGAUUUAGAUGGCAGCAAUAGAAGGAUUUUAGUUUCGCAGAAUCUGCCACAUAUAUUUAGCUUUGCAUUAGUGGAUGAGUUUAUUUAUUGGACGGACUGGCAAAGCCGCACCUUAGAAAGGGUCAAUAGAUAUACUGGUCUGAAUAGGACAAUUAUAAUUGAUCAACUGCCAGAUGUGAUGGGAAUAGUUGCUGUUGAUAUCCACAGGCCCAAUGGCACUAACACCUGUGCAGGAAAUAAUGGCAAUUGCAGCCACCUGUGUUUGUACAGACCACAGCCAUUAAAUCACAUCUGUGCAUGUCCAAUGGGCUUGGAGCUAACAUAUGAUGGACAUACAUGUAUUGUACCUGUGGCCUUUCUCCUGUUCUCUGGCCAGUCAGACAUCCACAGAGUCUCCCUACUGACCAACCAACAAAGCCAAGUCAUCCCUAUACCUGGAGCCCAGAAGGCCACUGCUAUUGACUUUGACAUAUCUGAUGGGAGAAUCUAUUGGACUGAUGUGGAAUUGCAGCAUAUCAGCAGAGCCUUUAUGAAUGGUAGCUCAGCUCAAAACAUUAUCCAGUUUGGGCUAGACUUCCCUGAAGGUAUGGCUGUAGACUGGGUGGCACACAACAUAUACUGGGCUGAUACCAGGAAAAACAGGAUUGAAGUUGCCCGGCUGGAUGGAUCAUCCAGAAAAGUUUUAGUUUGGAGCAACCUACUGGAGCCAAAAGCCAUUGCAGUAGAUCCUCCUAAUGGUUACAUCUACUGGACAACUCUUGCUAAAGAAAAUCAAGCUUUGGAGAGAGCACAUUUGAAUGGAACCAAUCGCAGGAAACUUUUGAACAAAAUUGGAAGAACUCAGGAUUUAACCAUAGAUUAUGUUGAGCGCAGAUUAUAUUGGACUAAUUUAGAUACUCAUAGUAUCAUGUCAUGUGAUAUGAAUGGAGAUGAUCUUCGUCAAGUUGUCCAAUCAGAUAUACAGGAGCCAAUGGGUUUGAGUAUAUAUCAAGAUUAUGUCUACUGGACAGAUUUGAAAGCCAAGACCAUUGAGAGGGCUAAUAAGGUGAAUGGUUUGAACAGAACAUUGAUACAAGAAAAUGUAGACUUUGCCAUGGACCUUCUUGUGUUUCACAACUCUAGACAGUUUGGUACUAAUGCUUGCGGUCAGAACAAUGGAGGGUGCUCACAUCUGUGUUUAGCACAUCCUGCCAAUGAAAGCAACACUACACACCAUUGUGCUUGUCCAACACACUAUACCCUCAAUAGUGAUCGACUCACUUGUUCAGCGCCUAAACAAUAUUUGCUACUGUCUACCAAGAAUACCACCAUACGGCUGGUCAUUGAAAAUGUGGAAAAUGUAGUCAACUACCCCGAAGUAGUUUUGCCAAUUCAUGGCAUGAGAAACAUAAAAGCCAUAGAAUAUGAUCCAGUUGGAGAAUAUUUGUAUUGGAUAGAAGGCAAACAUAAGAUUAGAAGAGCGUAUGACAAUGGGACUAAGAUUAGUACAUUUGUAACAGAUAGUGAGAAUGUGUUCCAGCCCUAUGACAUUGCUAUUGACCCAUAUGCUCGAACACUUUACUGGACUUGUCAAGUCAAGGAUGUUAUCAAUGUCACUCGCAUUGGCAAUGUCAGUAUUCCCAUUGGUGUCAUCAUGCCUUCUUCUCCUAGUUUUAAACCAAGAUCUCUAGUGCUGUACCCAGAAAAAGGGAAGCUUUAUUUCACAAAUAUGAUAACUCCUCCAAGAAUUGAAGUGGCCCUAAUGGAUGGUUCAGAGAGACAUACAUUGUUUGACUCUGUUUUAUACAACCCCCAGUCUUUAACAAUUGACACCAAGGAAAGAAAUUUAUAUUGGGUAGACUCUAACCUUGGCCGUAUUGAAUACUCUGAUCUAACAGGCGGUAAUAGACGUGUACUUGUGGAUCAUCAAAUUGGUAGCUCGAGAGGAUUAGCUGUGUUUGGCAAGUUUCUUUACUGGCUUGGCAAAGAAUCGUUUGUUGAAAGGAUUCACAAAAAAGGCAACAAACGUCUGUGGGUGAGGGGUCGCAUCCCAGGCCUCUCCGACAUGAUUGCAGUGGAGCACUCCAUCUCAGCCUCCUGGCACCCAUGCUACAACAACAGCGGCGGAUGCUCACAUAUUUGCUUCAUUACUGAAGACAAGAAAGUCCGCUGCUCAUGUCCUGUUCAUCUUGUGCUGAAGUCUGACAAACAGACUUGUGCUGAGCCACCUACAUGUGCAGCAGACAUGUUUAAGUGCCACAGCGGGGGUGUCCAGUGCAUACCUCUUGUUUGGAAGUGUGACUACCACUCAGAGUGCGAGGACAAUUCUGAUGAGUUGAACUGUGUCACCUGCAACUCUAAUCAGUUCAAGUGUGCCAGUGGGCAGUGCAUAGAUAAGAAGUACAAAUGUGAUGGAAGAAAAAACUGUGAUGAUGAAUCCGAUGAAAAGGAUUGUUGCACUGCAGAAAACUGUGACUGUGCUGAUUGCCAGACACCACAGGAAUGCAAAGAUUCCAAUGGAAACUUGUGUCCAAGUAAAGGCCCGCAACCAGGUCCCAGCAAAACUUCAAAAGAUUACACUAUAGCAAUAGUUGUUGUUGUAGUCUUCCUUUUGGUUGUGAUAGGACUUAUCUUAGUCUGUCGACACAAGUCAAACAGUGUGCCAUUAGAUGAAGACAUUGGUAUGGUGAAAAAGCCAUUGAACCCUCAAGUGCCUUCAGUGCAGGAUGGCUCCAGCCCGCAGAACACAUUGAGUCGAGGCAAAUCUCAGGCUACUGGUAUCUCCAUGGGCUCUGAGUCUGGUCCACCUUUUUAUGACAGGAAUCAUGUCACUGGAGCAUCUUCCAGCAGUUCUUCAGUCACACAGUAUCCCCAGGAGACUUUGAAUCCGCCACCUUCCCCUGUGACAGACAGGUCAGUGUAUACUGCCCCUGUAGGUGACAUCAACCUUUCACUCAACAGUUUGCCUUCGUCAGUGCCAAGAGCUGGUAGUGGAGGGAGGAGGCGGAUGCACAAACGGCAUCACCAUCACCACCACCAUCAUCCCAUUCCACCACCUCCAACCACACCUUGCUCCACUGAUGUCUGCGAGGACAGUGAGCCUUACUACCAAACAGUACCACUUCACACUUCCACACCAUCAAACAAUAAGUACAGCAAUAGGUCCUCUCGUACUCGCUCGUCGAGGUCCAGCAGCAAAAAAUUUAAAUACUAUAUUAACAGCACUGCAAUGGAAUUGAACUACGACUCUGACCCAUACCCCCCACCCCCAACACCUCGAAGUCAUUAUUACUCUGACGUCAGUUGUCCGCCUUCCCCAUCGACAGAGCGGAGCUUUUUCAACCCUUACCCCCCGCCACCAUCGCCAGUGGCUACUUCAGACUGCUGAUAUUGUCAGUGUGUGGACUUGUUUAUGUAGUUAGCAUUAAAAGCCUCAGGGGGACACUACAGUGAUCAUAUUUGGUAUAAGUAUAGCCAUCAUGGUGCACUGAAUCAUAGUCACAAAUCUCUGGACAUUUUAAGCUUUAAUUUCUGUCUACUUGUGUUGUGAUGAACUGGACAGACUGGUAUUUAUAAAUGUGUACUGUUUGGCAGCAAGUUGAAUGUUCUUAACUACAUCCAAAAGUAGGUGUAUUUUGUUUUGUAUCAUUUACUACAAAAUGGCAAUUGGUUUCCAUUUUUUUUUUUUAAUUAGUUGUUGUCAUUUUUUGGUAAUUUUGUGUGAAUUAUAUGUAUGGUAUUUAGUCUUUUAACUAGUUACCAUGUUGAACAUGUGUUCCAUCCCUUCUGUCAAAAUGAGUCUUUAGUAACUAGUAAAUUGAGAUAACUAGUGAAAGUGACAUUGAGUCCUAAAUAGUACUUGAAUUAAAUGUAUUUUUUAGUAAUUUGAAAUAAAAUAUGUUUCUCUUCAAAAAUUUAUAUCAAACAGGUUUUCCAAUAAUUAAAUAAAAAAUAAUUUGAAUGUGAUUUUUUUCAGUAAUUGUUUCAGUGAAUAUGGUUCAUUUUUGGCCUCUUUCAUUCAAUUCACAAUGCAACUAUGAAUCAUCACAUAGAAAGGAAAUGAAAGCCUGGGCUUUGAUCAAAACUAUAUAUUUUUUUUUUUAAAUAAGAAAAUAGUGAAUAAUUGCCUAAAUUAUUAAAUCAUAAGUAAAAUAUAUUCAUAUAUGAAAGAUUUGCCUUUUAACUCAUUUGAAAAUAAAAACUCACAUAUUUGAAUUUUCUGUUACUAGUUAUCGGAUAGUGAAAUUUUAAAACUGUUUGAUUUAUUAUAUAACAAUGCAAGUUUUUUAGUUUCAAUCCUUGAAUUUUAUUUUUAAUUGCAUCAGUUGUUUUAAUAUAGUACUUAAGCCAAGAUCUAGAUGACAUAUAAUGUUACUGAUUUUUUAAAAUAUAUUUUCUAAAUCUUUUGAUAUUUGAGUCAGUCCUUGGUAGUGAUCUUUUUUUUAUCUGAGUAUCAAGUUUAUUGAGUAAGUAGCUAGUGAAAUUCUACCAAGAGUCUAUGCUGUUUGUUUGUUGGUUAGUAAUCUUGUUUGAUGUGAUUAUCAAGUUUAUUAAGUAACAAGUCAAAUUCUACCAUGAGUCUAUGCUGUGAAUUUGUUUGCCAUGAAGUAAAAAAAACAAACUAUUCUUAUAUAAUUCCUAUGGAAUGCAUUGUUUUGUUUUCUAUUUUAUGCCAAAAGAAGCUGUGUCUCUAUCACAUGCUGUAUUGGUGAAUAAUAUAGUUUGAUAUGUGGACUUUGGGGUUUGAAGUGAUUUGGAGGUUUUAUUGUUCAUUGUGCCUGUGUGAAAUAAUGAAACUUGUGGUAAGGUGUGGGUGACUUUUUACUAUUAAGAAACUUCCAGAUCAUUUUCUGUUUAAAUCCCCAUGUUUUAGCUGUUUUUCCCCAGUAGCCUCAAGACUGGCUUCAACUUACAUAUAUUGUGACUACAUUCUGGUCAUGUCAGUUGUUUUAGUUACUGGCAUCACUGUAACCAUCCCAUGUUGUUUAGUUUAUUUCAUAGACAUUAUUGAUGUUAUAUUGCAUUCUGGUCCCUAAGUCUGUGGGUGGCUGAACAGAAAAGGACAUUUUUUUUCUUAUCUUAUAUUAGCUCAUUUCCCAAAUGUAUGGCAUCACUUAUUGAACAAACUUCUUGAAUUGAUCAACUUAUGCAUUCUUUGUAUAUUAUCAUCCAUCUCUUAAGCUCAAGUUAGACUCAUUGUUUUAUAUAUUUCAAGCAUAACUUCAGCAAACAAGCAACACCUGUUUUAUCUUAGCUAAGCCUACAACCUAACCCUGACAAGUCUUAUUUUGGGCUAAAAUCUCAAUCACAUUAGUGUCAUUUCUUCCUAUUCUAUCAGCCUACAAGUUUAUAUAAUUUCACUCUUUGAUCUCUCACUGCUGUGAAGUUUUUUUUAAUAAGUUAUUUUUUUUUUAUCUUUGUCCACAUGAAUUGGUUUGUAACUUAGAAUUUGUAAAAAUAAUUUUUUCAAAGUGAUAUUGCAGCAACUUUCGCUAGAGGUAAGGUUCAACAGUUAGAUGGCUUUUAUAUUGCUCUUCAGUCUUAAGUUUUUUUUCAGUCUGUUUUGAUUACCCACAAUGGUAAUGAGAUUGUCAGAAUGUGUCCUAGAUAUAUCUAUAUAGUUCAUUAAGUGGCCCAGCAUAUAUGGUUUCUUCCAUUACUAAAUUAUAGUUUUUUUUUAAUCAGAGGACUUAGCUCUACUGUCUUGGACAUUUAAAACAAAAUAUAUUGUAUUCUGUUAUGGUGAUAAAUUGUCCAACGUUUGUAUUGAAUCCUAUGAAAUGGCUGUUUAUCAAGGAGUUUAUAAUAGUUUUUUUAGGGGUGUUUGUUGAUAGCAGCAAUAAUCUAAUGAAAUCUAUGAAUCUAUGCAAAGUAAAACAAGGAGAAGAAAUUUGUUUGUAAAUCUGUCACAAAUAAAUCCUAUGCUUUUGCAUUGGAACACUUGUAUAUACUUUUCAUAUACCUAAUAAAAAAAGGCCAUGUAUAUUUUCACUCAUGAACUGAUAUUAUAUUUGACCUGUACUGAAUAGUUUUUGUAAUGUUAAUUGAUGUCACUUGUUAUGAAAGAAUUUAUACAACUCUACACAAAUGGUAUUUGUGUUUGGCUGUCUGUGGUUGUUGUCAACAAGAAUUUAAUGAUGCUUAUUACAUUUCAGCACAAAAGCUGUUACAAAUCUAGUGAUAUAUUUUUUUUGUACCUUGCUUGUCUAAAUUGAUAAUUAAUAUUUUAAAUCAUUUACCAGUACCGGUACUUUAAAAAAUUAAUAUGUAUUUUUUUAACUUUGGUUAUUAGUGAUACAGUUGUUGUUUUUUUUUGUAAUUUUCAGAAGAACUUUAAUUUUAAAGGUUAACAUGGUUGUAGACUGGUUUAUUUCUUUGUUUUAUUCUGUUGUCAUGAUACCCCGAGGCUGUCUUUAUGUAUUGAGUAUUCUAAAUAGACAAUGUAUCAUUAAAUAUUGAUGUUAUUAUGUACAAAUCAACUGUGAUGCUAAUUAGCAAGUAAGAAGUAGAAGGUUAAGUAAUUACUGCCAUUGAAGGUUUUUAUUGUAAAGCUGAUUUGGUCAUAUUACAUCUUACUUGCAGUGCUUCUUCUGUACCAUACUAGGAAAAAGAAAAAUCAAAAAUAGAACAGCUAUUUUGACUCCUGUAAAUAUGUUAGUUAGUUUAGAAAUUAAAACAUUAUUUUAUUUGGUCUCAUAACAUCCCUGACAGUGAAAGACUUUCAUUUGGAAACUUGUUUAGUGAUGUGUGUUGGUAAUAGGAAGACAUUCAUGUUGUAAAUGGAAGUAUUGUCAAAGUAGAUAUGGAAUGGCUGUUGCAUGUUAAGUCAUUCAUGAUUGUCAUUGUAUCAUCUCAGAUGUGUGUUUCCAUUCAUGGUUGUGUUUUUUUUUUUAAUAUAAUACUAUUAAGAACAAAUGUUGGAAUACUAUAAUAAAUUUUAAAAUAUGCCAA